ACGGAGAUGUCUGGACACCUAAGAAUAUGGAGUGCGAAAGGAAACUGAAUUUGGAUUUACAUUUAAGCUCUGACAGCCCGGAUUCUGACAGCCUGGAUCCUGACAGCCUGGACAGGGCAAUAUACUACGAUGUGCUUGAUUGGGACCCUGUCAGCGCCACCCACAGGACUUCCCUCUUUCCAAAAUGGCACAUACCGGUGAAGAUGGCGUGUUGGCUGUCGCUGUUCGUUUUCAUGUAUACAUUUCUAAGAGAAGUAUUGCACCCCUUUGUUACGAAGAACAAAAAUGAAUUCUAUAGAAUUCCAAUAUUGGUGGUCAAUAAAGUGCUGCCAGUGGUUGCCAUCUCUCUGUUGACAAUGGCCUAUUUGCCUGGUCUGCUUGCCACGGUCGUUCAGCUUCACCGUGGCACAAAGUACAAGAGAUUCCCGUCGUGGCUGAACACGUGGAUGCUGAGACGCAAGCAGUUUGGACUCCUGAGUUUCUUCUUUGGGGCAAUGCAUGCAAUCUACAGCCUUUGCUAUCCCAUGAGGAGGUCUUACAGAUACAAGCUACUGAACUGGGCGUAUGAACAGGUGAAGCAGCAGAGAGAAAAUAGCUGGAUCGAGCACGAUGUGUGGAGGAUGGAGAUCUACGUGUGUCUGGGCAUUGCCUCUCUUGCUAUUUUAGCCAUAUUGGCUAUUGCAUCCAUUCCGUCAGUCGGCAAUACUUUGUCUUGGCGAGAGUAUCAGUUCAUACAGAGCAAGAUGGGCUACGUGGCAUUAUUACUGUGCACAGCACACACCAUGGUGUUUGCCUGGAACAAAUGGGUAGACGUGAGCCAGUUUAUUUGGUACAUGCCCCCCUCCUUCAUGUUAGCGGUCUUCCUCCCCAUCCUUGUCCUUCUCUGUAAAGUCGUCUUUCUUCUGCCUUGUUUCAGCAAGAGGAUCCAGAAGAUCAGAUGUGGCUGGGAGGCCAAUAAACCAAUGAGCAAGAACUGUGUCCUCACUCAUAUGUAAUAUGUACCAUAAAUACAG